AUGAACUACGUGCGAUCCAUCACGGGCAGCGUGUCCAAGGGCUGGAACUCGAUCAACCCCGCCACCCUCAGCGGCGCCAUUGACACCAUCGUCGUAGAGCACGAAGACGGCAGCCUGGCAUGCUCGCCCUUCCAUGUCCGCUUCGGCAAGUACCAGAUACUGCGCCCCUCGGACAAGAAGGUCGAGUUCCGCGUCAAUGGCGAGCUGCAGGACUACUCGAUGAAGCUGGGCGAGGGCGGCGAGGCCUUCUUCGUCUUCGAGACGACGCGCUCCAUUCCCGCCGAGAUGCAGACGUCGCCCAUCGCAUCGCCCGCCGCCAGUCCCGAGCAGAAGCCCGUCGAGCUGCCCUCGGAGCGCGCCUUCGACGAGCCCGAGCCUUUCGACUUGGACGGUAGCGCUACAAGGAGACGAGGGCGCAUGUCCAUGUCGGUGCCUGCCUCGGACUAUGCCGGGGCCGACUUUGGACGGCCCAAGUCGGGGGACUGGUCAGGCUUCCACAUGCAGAGGGCAAGCACGGAUGAGACGGUGCCUUCUGUAAAGGACGGCUUUGCCAAGACAUUCGACGGCGAGGAAUCACAGGACAAGGGCCCCGAGAGAGGGCCGCUGCAGAUCAGCAAGGAGGAUGCGACUGCCUGGAACAGGUCGACGCGCUCAGCGAGUCCGCCGCCUGUGUCCUCCGCCGAAGCUCUUGCCCGCGCGAUCAAGCUGUCCAAGAAGCUCUUUACCUCGAACAUCCCGAACAAAGUCACCGAGACUGGCGACCUCGAGCUAGACAUGACGGGGUACAAGAGCAGCGAAGAGGAUGCGUUGCGCGCCGAGGUCAUAGCCAGGCGCAUUCUGUCGGAUGAGCUUGCAGGAGACUACGACAUUGGCGCCCUCAUAGGCGCUGACGAGAACGGCAACCUCUGGAUCUACAGCAGUGAGGAGGCCAAAGCAGCGGCUAUGGCAAAGACGACAAUGAAUGUACUGAACGAAUCCGCUCUUCAAUCGACCGAUGCGCUGUCAGACCCCGGCUACCAGAGCGACAGUGGACGUAGCGACGACACUGCUCAAUUCCCUCUACGCAGAGACUCAGACAGUGCGCUGGGUUCCUCCGCACCACACUCGCCCGAAGCCAGGAAAUCCGAGCACAAGACAUACGCAAAGACACUACGCCUCACGAGCGAGCAACUCCGAGCGCUCAACCUAAAACCCGGCGCAAACACCAUGAGCUUCACCGUAAACCGCUCAAAAUGCGAAGCCUACAUGUUCUACUGGAAGCACGACGUGCCCAUCGUCAUCUCCGACAUCGACGGCACAAUCACCAAGUCCGACGCCCUCGGCCACGUGCUCAACAUGAUCGGCCGCGACUGGACACACCAAGGAGUAGCCAAACUCUACACCGACAUUGUCAACAACGGCUACAACAUCUUCUACUUGACAAGUCGCUCCGUCGGCCAAGCAGACACCACACGCGCGUACCUCAACGGCGUCGUCCAAGACAACUACCGCCUCCCCAAAGGCCCCGUAAUAAUGAGCCCAGACCGCACCAUCGCAGCCCUCCGUCGCGAAAUCUACCUCCGCAAGCCCGAAGUCUUCAAAAUGGCUUGUUUGAGAGAUAUCAUGCAGCUCUUCGAUAAGCCCGCGCACCAAACACCCUUUUACGCCGGUUUCGGUAACCGCUUCACAGACGCGCUUUCCUACCGCAGUGUCAACAUCCCUUCCACCCGCAUCUUCACCAUCAACUCCAACGCCGAAGUCAGCCUUGACGUCCUGUCGCUUAACAGCUAUAAAACGGGUUACGCAAGCAUGCGCGAGAUUGUUGAUCACUUUUUCCCGCCGGUGGGGCUGCUUGUUCCGGCGGGUGGGGAGGCGUAUACCGAUUUCAAUUAUUGGCGCGAUCAACCAUUAGACAUCCAAGACUUUACGGACAGUGAAGACGAAGACGACGACGAUGAUGAUGAGAGGACGGAGGCGGCUAGUAUAAGGAGUGAAGACGAGGGAUCGGAGAUUGGCGAGGAUCUUGAGGCGAGUUAUAUGUCGAGGGAGAGCUUGGAUGUCGAUGAAACGGGCUUGGAAGAUUCGAUUGUCGAAAGUGUGGAGGGGGGUGAUUAUUUGGACGGCGAGGGGUAUGUUGAGAGGAGGUAUGGGGAUGAUGGAGAAGAGGAGGAGUAUGAUGACGACGAAGGUGAUAGAACGAUGGUUCAAGACGUUGUUCCUUCGAUUGAGGGUGGGGGGGAUACGGGCGUGGAUACGAAUGUUGAGCGUUUGAGGGCGCUGGAUGUGAAGGAGAGGAGUCCGACGCCGAGGGCUCCGGCGACGAGGUAG